ACAGAACGAUUAGAUUUUGACCAAUAUGAUAUGGACGACGAUGAGGAUUACCUGGAUGUUAACAACAACACUUUGCAUAUAUCCGAUAAAGGAGGAAAGAGCCCGAUGACCAACAAUUUCGGUGGUAGAGGGAAUACUGGAUCAACUUAUCGACCCACUUCUGUGCUCAGUAGUACACCUAGCAGUCUCACAGUAAAUAGUCAACAUGGCUCCAUCAACAGCAAAAAAGCGUUUAAACUUUUUAACAAGAAUGGAAAACGACACUCUGUUGAUUUCCACAGUUUUGAAACUCGCGGUACUACCGUUUAUGAUCCAGAAGCACCGGGGCUAAAUUUCGAAGAACUGAUACGGUCUGGAAGUACAAUGAAGAUGAGCUUGACUCCAAAUCGACUUCGCACCAUUGAGAUCGAAGACCAAAUUACACAACAAGCGGAUCGUGGUGAUGACUGGGCUCGCAAGCUACCUAGUAUUCGUCCGGAAUCUCCCAGACCUCGUCCUCGCGAAGCGGAUAGAAAACCAAGCCAAAAGUCUCUACCCAACAAUCACGCCAACAAAAAGCCUCCACCUCUACCGAGAUCCAACUCUUUCAGCUUGCUUGAUCUACCAGUGUCUUCCCCAACAUCACAAACCCAAAGAUCGCAUACACCAGAACCUAGUCAGAAACCAGCCAUAUCAACGAUGUUUGAUAUUCCGUUGGAUUUCUUAUCAUCUCCUACAACUGCUUUAUCACCGCCGUCGCCAAAGAAAAUUCCUACUGAGCGCACCAGAACGCAGCCAGCACCAUUAGGACAAACUAUGAAGCAUCCUUCUGAAACUACCCUUUCCAAGCCCACUAAUCGCUCACUACCUGAUCUUAAUGCCAAAGUUCAUCGACCAUCCACAGGACUCAGUAAUCCACCAUCUGCUGAGCAAACGAAAAAGCCAGAAACCCUCAAACUCAACGGCAAGGAAUCGGCAGCGAUUGGACAAAAUAGAGUGGACGAUUCAGCCAAGCAACUUCCUGUUAAACCUGCUACCCCCACCUCGCCACAAAAAGACAGCGUUCAAAUUGCAAGACAAGAGAUGGUCAGAAGCAUAUUGCAAGAUUCAAAGCAAAACGCGAAAAAUGAGGUCGUCAGCGCUUCCAGUGCAAAGGACGUCACCAACGAAGAUCAAGGGGAAGCAACAGACAAAGAUGCUCCCAUCCGACCACCUAGACAAAAACCUAUUGCUACAAAAGCAGUUACGCCUACUCGAUCUGAGCAAGCAUCGGAUACAACGGCAACAUCCAAUACCACAGCAAGACAGCCUAGCCUGGUGCGGGAAGCUAAUCGAACCACUGCUAAACAAGAUACGAAGGAUGUAUCCAAAUCCCGAACAAAUGGUCAUAGCAAUAAUACUUCAUCACCCCAACCCACCAUUAAGAAAACAUCCGACGCUGCUAUGAGAUCAACUGUAUCGCUUACUAAUAUACCGCCUAGCAAGUUUGAAGCCGCCAAGGCUGCUAAGUCUAACGCAGCCAAGCCUGUAUUACCGAAAUCAGUGUCUGAAGUCAGCCUUGCCGUUACAACCCAAGCAGAGAUCACGGAGGAGCCAGAUGAAAUGAACAGCCCUGUCCCAUCGAAAGCUCAAACGAUUCCCGAGCCUCCUAAACCUGUUCCAAGACCAAGCGAAGCAGUUGAGAGAGGCGAGCGCAUGAUUUUGUCUCGCCCAAGCACACCUGAUCGACCUACCAGUAUUGUCAUUUCACCACCAAGACCUUCAAGCUUUGUUUCCAAGCGUCGAUCCAUGAGUGGAACCCUUCCUUUGACAGAGCAGCAAAAGUUAGCUGGAUCGGUUGAAAUGUCCGUCAAGGUGUGGGAUGAUUAUCUCAAGCACAACUCCAAGCACCCUCUCAUUCGAAGGCGAUCACAAAUGAGAGCUGGGACCACCAUUGCUGACGUUGAUUCCAGCAACGAUGAGGAAACCGAGGUCAAAAAGCCAAAGGAGCCCACUGAAAUAAGAGAACAGACGGAGGCCAGGGAACCGAGGGAAAGAGACCAUAGCCGGGAAUACAACAAUAACCCUAAAGUGCCGGUCAUCCCACAAGGCGUGCUUGAAAAGGUUCGCAAAUUUGAACGACAAAGAUCCGAUCUGACGCUGUUGGACUCAUCGGAAGCCGUCAAGCAAGCUCGAGAACGUAUUGCUGCCAGUCGCAAGGCUGUUCGAAUGUCCCUUUACCGAACCGUCGCAGUCGAUGCCGGCACGCAAACAGACUUCCCUGCAGUGGACCAAGCGGUCCAAACAGGAGACUUGACGUCGCAUACGGGUGGAUCUGAGAUUGCCGAAAGCGAAGUCAGCGAGCAUGGCGUCAUUGAUGGUGACGAAGAAUGGUUUUUGGACGAUGAAUGGGAAGAAGAUGAUGUGGAAGACGAAAGUGCAGUAGCAGAAUGGCUCUUGGGCUGCUAAAGCAACGGCCCAAUUAUUUGUUAUUUUUUUUUUACUCAACCUCCCUUAAUAGAUGUCCUUUGACUUAUAAUGUAUGGUUCGAUGUCCUUUUCUACUCUUAACAUUGCCCGACAGGGGAAGAACUCGCUCCCCACAAUAAAAUUAUAAUG